AUGGGUCAUCGUGCUAGUGAAUGCAAGAGUUCUGGUAAAAAAUGUUUCAAGUGUGGGAAGCCAAGACACCGUAUUGUUGAUUUCAAGAGUAAUGUGUUGACUUGUUUUAAUUAUGGAGAACCAUGUCACAUUAGUACUCAUUUCCAAAAACUUAAGAAAGCUCAGUCUGAAGGGAAAGUUUUUACUUUAAGUGGAGCAGAGACUACUAGAUCUGAUAACUUGAUUCGAGGUACAUGCUUUAUUAAUGAUGUUUCUAUGAUUGUUAUAAUUGACACAAGUGUGAUGCAUUCGUUCAUAUCUCUUGAUUGUGCUAGAAUGUUUAAUCUUAAAGUGUAUUCUAUGUUCAAAGAACGUGAAAAUUUGAUGUUUAUGUAUGCUAAGAAAAUGAAUGAGUCAUUGAAGGAUGAUGCCCGCGUGUUUAUGAUGUUCGCCUCGUUGAAGGCAGAAAGCAAAGCUAUGGUUGGGGUUCUACCAAUUGUGUGUAAUUUUCCAAAGGCGUUCCCGGAUGAUAUUGGUGAUUUCCCACCAAAGCGCGAGGUUAAGUUCGCCAUAGACUUGGUAUCUGGUACUAGUCAUGUGUCCAUGGAACCUUAUCAAAUGUCGGCUUUAGAGUUGAGUGAGUUAAAGAAGAAAAAUGGUAGCAUGAGUUUGUGUGUUGAUUACCGACAACUGAAUAAGUUACUUGGUGGUUAUGUGUUCAACAAGAUUGAUUUGCAACCAGGUUAUCAUCAAGUUCGUGUGAAACCAGAAGAUAUUCUAAAGAGUGCAUUUAGAAUUUGA